GGGCUUUAAUGAGUGCAAUAAAAAUAAGCUGCUGCUGACCAAAGAAAGUUUGAAGUUUAUUCAUCAUAAUGGCUUGUUUGUUACAAGGGGAGAUUAAUGGUGUCACUUAUUCAUUUCGUUACAAUGGGAAAUACCAGUAAAUAUUGAAUUUUGCACGUUAUUUUUGUGUUGUUGAUUUCAAACUAAAUAAAGAUUAUUUGAAUUUGAGUUGAAGCCUUUUUCCCUUUUUUAUAUUUGAUUUUUUUUAUUUAUUUAUUUUUAUUAAGGUUUUGCAUUUUCCUCUAAUUUAUUAUCAAUCUGUUUAAGUAUCAAUCUUUUACUGUCUGCUACUCUUUCCUUCUGUUUUCCCGUCUGGUUUUGGUGAUUUCUCCGGCAGCAUUUGAUGUCCCGAGCGGCUGGGAAGGCCUCUGAUGGCGUUAAGGAGCCCAUCAAAAUUAGCAUUCCUCGUUACGUCCUCCGUGGUCAGGGCAAGGAUGAACACUUUGAGUUUGAGGUGAAGAUUACCGUGAUGGACGACACAUGGACGGUGUUCAGACGCUACUCUCGCUUCAGAGAAAUGCACAAAAGCCUGAAGUCCAAAUAUCCUGAGCUGGCGAACCUCGUGUUUCCUCCUAAGAAGCUUUUUGGGAACCGGGAUAAGCGAAUGGUCUCUGAGCGUCGCAGCCACUUGGAGACUUACCUCAGGAAGCUGUUUCAGGUCAUGCUGAACUCCUCAGGUUCUCCACUCAGAGCAGAUGAGGAUGGAGUUUACCGUCUCUCCAAGUUUGACAUCUGCGAGUUUUCUCCAUUUUUCAAGAAGGGUGUCUUCGAGUCCAGCAGCCAUGGCACAAGCUGAAGGAAACUCAAAACUGAACUGAGAACCAAGGAGGAAGAGACAGAAGCUGCGGGUCAGCUUUCUGGGACUUCCUGUGUACGUCCUGCUAAUGGUUCAGUCUUCAUGAGCCGCUCUCUGCUCCUACAGGACGAGUUCAAGACUUGUAGAGGAGAGAUGCUAUCACACCCAGAACAGCUUGAAUCACUGUCAGACUGUUUUGCUGCUCAGGAAUCCCAACAUGAAGAAACAACAGUUAAAGGAACUGAAUCUAUUCCUAAAAAAACAUUUUAGAGUUGGAUCCUGGAGAACAGAUGCUGACUAAUGCAUGUCUGAUCCUUACAUUAAAUCCAUCAACAGGUUCGCUAAUGAUUCAAUAUAUUUAGUGAAUCUCUAGGUUGAUGCCACUGAAGGUUACACAUCCUUUAAGAGUCUACUGAGUGAGACUGCUGUAUAUUUGAUGCUGCCUGAAUGACUGGGAUUCUCUCUUGUUCAUAUAAUCUGGAUAUUCUUCCUUGUCGUCGAUCAUGUUCCUCUGCUGCUUACAUUCUUAUGUAGAAGGCCAAUAAAUUGUGUCUAAGAACUGUCUAUCUGUGGGGGAAAUAAAGGUUCCUGGUGGGUUUAUUCAGAUUCUGUCAAACAGUUCAGAUCAUGAGGGUAUGGUCAUCCUGCAACAACUGUUCAAAUAAUAAGGAAAAAAAAUGGAAAAUAUAUAUGUCCAAAAUUCUUUAUAUAAAGAAUCUGUAUAAUAAAAUCGGAAUAUCCUGUUCUAUUA